AUGGCUAAAUCGAGGUUUGAAUAUGUCCGUGAAUUCGAGAGUCAUGACGUUUUACUUCCGCAAUGUUAUAUAGUAGUACGAAUCGACGGUAAGAAAUUCCAUGAAUUUUCCAAAUAUUACGAAUUUGCCAAGCCAAACGAUGAUAGAGCUUUAAAAUUAAUGAACGCCGCUGCAAAGAAUGUUGUGUUACAAUAUCGAAACGAUGUCAUAUUAGCUUAUGGAGAAAGUGACGAAUAUUCCUUUAUACUCAAGUCAGAUACUUCUCUAUUUAAUAGAAGACGUGAUAAGAUAUCGAGCUUAUUCGUUUCAUUAUUUACAUCAAAUUAUGUCACACUUUGGCCCAAAUUCUUUGUUGGAGUUGAAUUACAUCCUAAACAUCUACCAUUUUUCGAUUCAAGGUGUGUUCAAUAUCCAAAUUUGAAAGCGAUUAAAGACUAUUUGAGUUGGAGGUUUGUUGACACACAUAUAAAUAAUCUAUAUAAUACAGCUUUCUGGAAAUUGAUUCAAGUUUGUGGAAUGAACCCUAGGGAGGCUGAGAAUAGACUCAGUGGAACUUAUAGUAGUGGUAAGCAAGAGAUAUUAUUCAAAGAUUGUGGAAUAAACUAUAAUAAUGAACCAGAGAUGUAUAAAAAGGGUUCUUUGAUUACUCGAAAGGGUGAAAUCUUGCAUAUUGAUGUCAUUAAAAUGAUUGAUGACUUAUUUGUAGGUUUUUAA